CAUCGCCCUCUUCCACCGCCAACAUCACAACUGCCGGGGCUGUUGCUGUCGGACCCUCAGUCUUAACAUUCUCAGGUUCUCAUCUGUUCUUAUAACAAAUUCUCAUGGUAUUUAGAGCAGCUGAAGUACCCAUCGAAUGGAAAGAACACUAUGUUGGAGACCAAGUAGACCCUCGAACCCAGAGUUUUCUAAAUUGGGAAAGUUUAGAAUCAGUUUGCCGGAAUAAGGUAGGCUUGAAAGGUCCCAUGGCUACGCCAAUUGGAAAAGGUUGUUGUUCUCUGAACCUUACUUAAGGAAAGAACUUAAUCUGUAUGCCAACGUCAGUCCUUGUUACAGUCUCCCUGGCUAUAAAACUAGUUAUGAUGAUGUAAAUCUUAUUACUAUUCGUGAAAACACAGAAGGGGAGUACAGUGGACUUGAACAUCAAGUUAGUUUGUUUUUACAGGAUCCAUAAACAUCCUAGCACAUAUGCAGAGGAAACAAAUUAGAUACUUGUUUUCUCCUUUGUGCUAGGUGGUGAGGGAAGUUGUUGAAAGCCUAAAGAUCAUUACUUGUCAGGCAAGUUUACGAGUGGCUGAAUAGGCUUUUCACCAUGCUAAGACCCAUGGUAGAGAGAGAGUUUCAGUGAUUCACAAAGCCAACAUUAUGCAGAAAACUGAUGGUCUUUUUCUCAAGGGAUGCUAAUAUACAUUGUUGAAUUUAUUGUAAUUGUUUCCCACAGGAUUGCUUACUAAGUGUGGUUUAAUUUUCACUUCCAGUGUUGCCGCGAGGUUGCAGGGAAAUAUCCUGAGAUAACAUAUGAGGAAGUUGUCAUUGACAAUUAUUGUAUGAUGCUUGUGAAGAAUCCAACACUUUUUGAUGUAUUGGUGACGCCUAACCUUUAUGGUGACAUUAUCAGCGACCUUUGUGCUGGAUUGAUUGGGGGAUUGGGUCUAACACCAAGGUAAAUGUACAUCGUUUAUAAUCAGUAAUUGUUACAUACAUCCUCUUAUUUGACGGCAUGACUUCUUGUGCAGUUGCAACAUUGGUGAGGGUGGAAUAUUACUAAUUGAUGUUACCCCUGCACCAAGGACCCUCCACCCUUGGACCUUUGCAAGCAAUUUUACUAGUUGAUGUUACCCCUUUUGAAAAUUUUCUAAUGAAGGAUAUAGUCAUGC